CAAUUUUCACUAGAGAAAUUGAGAUAUGAAAAUUGAUCAUCACAAUCGAAGCUAGAAGAAGAAGAAGAAGAAGAAGAAGAAGAAGACUUUUGGCGGUUUCCUUAACAAAGUCAUCUCCGAUUCAAUUUUUCUCUAUACAAAUCCAAAUCCAAAUCCAAAUCCUUCAAGGAAACAACGAACAAACUCAACUUAAUCUUCAAUUUCUCUAAGGAAUAGAUGUCAGAAAUGGACGUGGAUCCCAGACAGUAUGAAAAUAUCGCUGUUGAUGAUAAUGUAAUUCAGAAUGUUGUCUUGUCUUAUCUUGUGCAUAGCUGUUACAAAGAGACUAUUGAAUCGUUCAUUACGUGUACUGGGAUGAAGCGGCCUGCUGUUAAUCUAGACGACAUGGAUAAAAGAAAAUGGAUUCUUCAAUUUGUACUAGAUGGGAAUGCACUGAAGGCUAUUGAAUUGACAGAACAGUUUGCGCCUGACUUGCUAGAAAAAAACAAGGAUUUGCAUUUUGAUCUUUUGAGCCUUCAUUUUGUAGAGCUUGUUUGCUCUAGGAAAUGCACGGAUGCUCUAGAAUUUGCUCAAAUGAAGUUGACUCCGUUCGGGAAGGUGCAAAAAUACGUGGUGAAGCUUGAGGACUUCAUGGCUUUGCUAGCGUACGAGGAACCAGAAAAAUCACCUAUGUUUCACUUACUUAGCUUGGAAUACAAGCAGAACGUCGCUGACAAUUUGAACCGAGCCAUUCUUGGACAUGCAAAUCUUCCCAGCUAUUCUACAAUCGAGAGGCUAAUACAACAAACAUCAAUUGUUAGACAGAUAUUGAGCCAAGACCAAGGCAAGGAAGGAUUUGCGGGUUUCUCCCUGAAGGAUUAUUUGAAGAGCUAGCUUGGAGGUUUAAGCAG